CAACGUCAACCCCUUUGACGACACCCUCACCCUCGUGUACCCCAACGGGCGGGUCCUCCACGCCCCUCCAGCGAAACUUCACACCUCCUGCGUCGCCGACCUCACCUACUGGCCCCACGACACCCACAACUGCUCGGUGGUCCUGGGGUCCUGGGUACACCACGGCUACACCAUCGACUUCAGACUCCUGGAGAAGGAACCGAAGGUCGACAUAUCGCAGCGACUGACAGCUGACGGGCGCAACAUAACCCGCGGCGAAUGGGACCUGGUGUCAGCCUCCUUGACUCGUAAGGAAAACAACUAUGAGUGCUGUCCUGAGCCUUAUGUCUCCAUCUGGCUGACACUCACAUUGCAACAUUAUGCACCAGCUUUCUUCUGGACCGUCAAGUUACCAGCUGUGGGUCUGAGUCUCCUCGCCCUGGUGCUGUUCCUCCUCCCUCCUGCCGCAGGAGAGAAGAUCACCCUCGGAGGAUUCUGCCUCGUCCUCGACCUCAUCUUCAUCGCUUACACCUCUAACACGGUCGCGCACUCACCGUCGCACACGCCCCUUAUCGUGGAGAUGGUUGUCGCAACAGCUGAUCUUGGUGAUCGUGUGCGUGGUGACGUCAGUGCUGGUGCUCCGAAUGGCCCACGACCCCCACAGUGCCGGCGUGCCCUUGGUCAUGAGAAGACCCCUCGCCAAGCUCGCUCCGCUUCUGUGUCUCAGCAAUUAUAAUAACUUGGU